AGUGGAGACCGUUAACCCUCUAUGAAACUGUAUUCUCCCUCACAAGGCACAAAAUGGGAAGAGAGUAGAGAGAGAAGCAAUCGUCCCGACAGAAGCUCAGAAUCAGGUGCCAAAAAAAAGGAAAAAAACCCUAACCCUAACUCUAACUCUAACUCAAACUCUUCGUUAAAAAACCGAUGCGUGUUGUGCUCUCUCAAGAAUCUCCAUUUCAUCAUCUAUAAAAGAGUAUGCUACUUUAUGAUCGAAUCAUGGUCCAAUCGGAUCGCUUCUAGGGUUACGAUUGAAGACUACUACUAUUAUGCAAAUCAUCAAGCACAACGAUGAUUUUGUUCCUAGAGUUUCGUUCGAGAGGCAUCGAUCGUCCUAUGUAUGUCCUCUCUCUCCGUUAUUGCUCAUCGAUGGUCUCUCUCGGAAGAGUCUCUCCUACAACAAGCUCCCUCAGAAACCCCUCAAGCUCACCGUUCUCAAAUUGGAUGACUCUUCCUUCGAUAUUGAAGUUGCGAAGACAGCUACAAUUGCAGAGCUGAAGCUGGCCGUGGAGGCUGUCUUCAAUCAUAUGCCGAAGAAGGGACCUGGCAAGAUUUCAUGGCCGCACGUGUGGGGGCAUUUCUGCUUAUGUUAUGAUGGUCAGAAGCUACUUACUGACAGGGACUGUAUUAUAAUUUAUGGGAUCAAGGAUGGUGAUCAGCUUCAAUUUAUCCGGCAUGUCUCCAUUAACUACAAUUUUAUAAAGAGCCGAUCAAGUGAUCAGGAGUCUGAUUCGGAACAACCCGGGAUGCCGGACAGCUGUGAAGAGAGAGAACAUAAUGGCGAGAAAAAAGAUGGCUGUGAUGAUCAAGAAAACCUAGAUCACUUGCAAUAUGACAAUCAGGUUGAGGAUGGUGUUAGACCCAAUGCAUUUAAUUGUUCUCUCUUAUUGGGAGGGUGGUUCUCAUAUCACAGUCUGGCAAGCUCGCGAAGGAGAUUUGGAGCCCGUUGUUUGCCAUCAAGAUUCACUGAUGGUUUCUUGGGGAGUUUUAAAAAGAUUUCCAGGCAUUGCUGUAAGAAAUUAUUAUAUCGAAGAGAGUCCCGGAAAGAGGUUUAGUGUUUUUACACCUGCAUCGCUGGAACUGCCUGAACUAGUUACUGGAAUAUGAACUUUGGUACGCACUCAAAUCUCAUUGGAGCUCCAAAUUUUUAUUGUUCUGAUCCUCCAACAAGCUAUGAAAGCUGUCCCCUUUGAGACCUUUUUGAUUACCUACCGAAAUAACUAAUAGGAAUAUUCCUAUUGGUUCCAUAGGUAUUCAAUCCAUCCUUCAUGGCAGCAAUGGUAUCAUUGUUGUUAAUGUUGAUAGUCCCAUUCUCUUAAUUACCAAAGAGAAGGGUGAGACUCAACUGCAAUUGUGACAAAAGUAGCCCAAUAUUUGUAUUUGUAAAUAUUUUUCAAGACAUUGAGAUAUCUGAAAAUUAUAAAGAACAUUGUUGGAAGCAAUGAGUUAUUGCUAAAAGCUUAAAUUUUAGUUUCCAUUUUGUUA